GAGCCUAUGCUCUGGAAUACGAGCCUCCACCGAACCAAGGCUCAGUUUUCCCGCUCACCCUGAGCACAGUUGGGAUUUGGGUUUCCGCUCUUUCCUUUCCCUUACACUCUUCACUAAAACUUAGCUUAGUGGACCAAUAUCCGAAGCUCAAACGCGCUGAAGCUUUUAUUAUAUCUUUCCCUUGCUCUCUGAAAUGUUCUUCUUCUUCUUAGCUCUUGAAGAAUAUGGCAAGGUCUUGGAUAAUUGAUAGCCGAACAAUUGCAAGAAAAGUCAGGCACAUCAGUCAACCUCCUUCACAAGUAAUUAAAGAUUGUGAUGCGAAACGAGAAUGUCCAAACUGUAACUUUAUGAUUGAUAAUACCGAUGUUUUGUCUGAAUGGCCAGGGUUGCCUGCUGGUGUUAAAUUUGAUCCAACUGAUGAUGAAAUAAUGGAUCACUUAGCGGCCAAGUGCGCUGUUGGAAAUUUAAAGCCACAUGCAUUAAUUGAUGAAUUCAUCCCCACACUUGAAACUGACCAAGGAAUCUGUUACACUCAUCCAGAAAAUCUCCCUGGUGUCAGUAAAGAUGGAAAUGAUGUCCAUUUCUUUCACAAAACAAACAAUGCAUAUGCCACAGGUCAAAGGAAGCGCCGCAAGAUAGAAAGUGAACAAAGUUCAAGCCUCGAACAUUUUCGCUGGCACAAAACCGGUAAGACCAAAGCUAUGAUAUCAAAUGGUGUUCAUAAGGGAUGGAAGAAGAUCUUCUCUCUGUACAGAAGUUCAAAAGGAGGCUCAAAACCCGAAAAAUCUAAUUGGGUGAUACAUCAAUAUCAUUUGGGAACUGAAGAAGAUGAGAAGGAAGGCGAAUACGUUUUGUCGAAAAUUUCUUAUCAGCAACCAAAACAAUGUAUUAAGAACAAUGAUAAUAUGCUCAUUGAGUAUUUAGAUGCUAUGCUCCAUCAAACAAGUCCUAGAACUCCCAAGUCGAAUCCUCCGGUUCCACCUCGAUCGGGAAAAUCACUUGUCUCCAAUGCCGUUGCUGACAAUAGUCUGCCUCAGUCAUCGGCAAAGGAAGAAGAGUUGACUCCGGAGGCAUUUCGUGUUUCUUAUGCCAAUAUUUCAUCAGAGAAUGAUGGGGGAUGCCAUGGAUGGAUGGCUGGAGAAUCUCAGGAUAUAGCUGAUGUUGAAUUACAUUACUUGGAAGACAACUUAUUAUGCAAUGAAGUCCUAGAUUCUAGUGCUUUUAUAAGUAGCAACCAAGUAAAUCAAAUACCUUUCCCUCUCUCCGGUAGCAACGCUUACCACGAGAUUGCAAACGAUAAUGUUCCUUGUGGUAUUGCAGACCUUGAGAACCUUGACUUGGAUACUCCACCUGAUUUUCAUCUUGCAGACCUGCAGUUUGGUUCUCAAGAGAGCAUUUUCGACUGGAUUGACAGGAUAUGAAGUGAUGUUGACGUAAAAUCUCAUGAGAGAAUGACAUAUUACAAUCUGACUUUUCUACUCUGAAUCUUCUUUGAAGUCACCAUAUUUCAUCGUAAAAUUUUUUCCAGUCAUCUGGUUUUCAUUAUUUGCAUGGGGAAUGUCAUGCAUUUCAUCCAUCGCAAGUCAGUUAAGCUUCGGUAUUCAAAUGGCACGUUACGACUUACAACCAUACAUAUUAGUUGUUUCUCACAGUCAAGUCAUUGAAUCAAGAACAACCGCAACCGAUCCCGGGAUCAAGCAUGUUCUUGCCCAAAUUUUGUGUUAAGUGCACCGUGAAGGUGCUCGAAGUUGCUACUUUAUAUUUUGAGUGCCAUUAAUGAUUUGCGAGAUGGGUUGCUGAGGGGAAAAUGUGGAAACUGAUCUACUAUUUUGUAUGGAAAGGAAUGUAAUAAACAUUCUAUGUGGUAAUUGAUUUGUGAAUGUGUAGUGAUGGUGAUGCAUUUUGAGAUGAUGGAUGGGGUGACAUUCAUCUUCUGGCUAACUUUAAUCACACUUUUUUUUUUUGUAAGAUAUGGUAAGUAAAUGUAUGAUAUAUGAUCUAUAUUUAUUUCCCUUCUCUA